AUGCCACUCCAUCAGAGGAACAAGGAUGUCCCUAAAGAACACAAAAGGAACCGGCCUGGAGACUGGAUGCCAACGGACCAUCGCAUCCAUCGAGAAUGGUUGGGUUCGGUGGUAGACCAUGUGGACAAGAACCCUAAGCCACUCCAUCCGGUCAUCCAAGAAUUCAAAGAUCUAAUCGACAACAACACCCGACUCUACCUCCUAUUCAGCGGCAUGUUCGAAGAGAUCCCGAAAAAGCAGCCUUACACAAUGGAUCCCAGCGGCAAUCACAAGCAAGUUCGAGAUUACGAACACAUGUUGCAGGUGCUUAACCACAUCUUGACGGUCGCGCCGCACUGGAAUGACAAGUCCCAAAAAGUCGGGAUGGUCGGGACGCCCAUUGGCGCCGUGCUGGACUGGCCUAUGGGCACACCGAGCGGCUACGCGGCGUUCUUGGACCCGGAGGUGAACAAGAUGCUAAAGAAGGUGUUGAACGAGUGGGGAAGAUAUCUCACGACGGAGGAGAGCGCGGCCGUGCUUGGCAACGACCAGUUCGGGUGGUUCAGCGAGCACGGCAAGCACGAUCUGGAGAUCACGGCCAACCUGGGCGAGGAGAACGCCGCGGCGCGCAAAAAGUUCGAAGACCUCUUCGUGUGCGACCCAUCUGCCAAGUACCAUGGGUAUAAGUCGUGGGACGAUUUCUUUACCCGUCAAUUCCGCGAAGGCGCCCGGCCCGUCGCGUCGCCCGACGACGACGACGUGAUCGCCAAUGCCUGCGAAAGCAAGCCCUACAACGUCUCCAAAAACGUGCAGGCCCGCGAUCGGUUCUGGAACAAGGGUCAGCAGUACUCGGUGCUGGAUAUGCUUGCCCACGACCCCUUGGCUGAGAAGUUCAUCGGCGGCACAGUGUACCAAGCUUUCCUCAGCGCGUUGAGCUACCAUCGCUGGCAUGCGCCUGUUUCCGGUACCGUUAAGAAAGCGUACGUUGUUGACGGCACGUAUUAUUCCGAGCCCCUAUUCGAAGGCGUUGGGGACCCGAACGGCGAUCACCACGAUAUCGACAUUAGGCAAGAGAGCAUAUCUCAGGGCUACCUGACGGCAACGGCCACGCGCGCCUUGAUCUUCAUCGAGUCCGACAACCCCCGCAUCGGGCUCAUGGCUUUCCUCGGCAUUGGGAUGGUGGAAGUCAGUACGUGCGAGAUUACGGUGAAGGAAGGGCAGAAAGUGAAGAAGGGAGAUCAGAUCGGAAUGUUCCACUUCGGUGGGUCGACCCACUGCUUGAUGUUCCGCAAGGGCGUCGAGCUGGAAGGGUUCCCCGAAAUCGGGAAGAUUGAGCACAACUUCCCUGUGCGUGCGGAGGUUUGCCGCGUUGUCAAGAAGUAA